AUGUCGAGCACUCCGUUCAACUUUCCAUCCUUCACCACUUCCAUCACCAACAACAACGAGGUGCCACAACAUUUGGAAGGAGUUCGAUCGACCUCUUCUUCUUCUUUGACGACGACGACGCAGCAGACUUUAUCUUCUGUAAUUGCCAACACCAACACCACCAAUACGACAGGCAAUCAUGAUCCGCCAUCCCUUUCAACAUUUAGUUCCUUCAUCUUUCAAACGGAAUCCUAUGAAGAGCUCAUUCGGGAAGGAUUACUGACUUUUCCUUCGUUAUCAUCAUCAUCCUCCUCCUCAUCAUCACCACCGUGGUUUAACCACACUUCUUCUCCUCGUUCCUCCUCUACCUAUUCUUCACCCUAUUCUCCUGCGAGUGCAACCACAACAACAUGUCGAAUGACAGACUCUCCUUCCACACCACAGCUAGCUUCUUCAUGGCAUCAUGCACAACAACAACAACACAAUCAGGCAACAACAACAACAGCGCAUCCCUUGGAUGUCUCUCUCACAACCACCACCACAUGCAAUGCCAUGAACCCACCACACAACACCGCCAUGAAUCUCAAUAAUUCCAAUUAUGGAGUGAGCACGUGUGUUGGUCAUUCUGAUCCACCAGGCAGGAAUAAUGAUUCCGUCCCUAUGACUCCAUCCCUUCAACACAAUCGAUUGCUGAAUCAGGAGAUUACGAAUUUUGUAACCAGUCAAACAAAUCCACCAGCAUCAGCAACAUCAUCAUCAUCGGGUAUGGUCGGAAAUGGAGAUUUUAGUGGCAGGUCGUCGUAUUCUUGUUCAAACCUCUUGCUCCUUACUGAUGCUUCAACAACCCUUAAUAAUAUUCAAAGUAAUACCAACAACAACAACAAUAAUAACAUCCCAAUGAAUCCUCUUCCAACACAUCCAACUAAAAAGAAAAAGAAAAAGGCAAGACAACCAUUGGGUCAUCUGGCCACCGCACAAGCAUAUUCAACAAGUGCUCACCAGCAACAACCCUCUCCUCAACAACACAAUCAGUUGUCGUCCUCUCCGCAACAUUCCUUGACCUUUACGGAUGAAUAUCAAAGUUUCUCACAGGGUGUCCAUGAAACUCAAAUGAAAGAUCGAAAAAAGAGACUAAAAUUUACCGAAUUUAAUCCUCACCAGGUGAGACGAUAG